UUGGGUCUAGUUUGAUUUUCUGUUUCUUUAUACAUUUCAAGGCCACGAGAUUAUUUUAUUGCAAGAAGUUCUAUAAAAUCAAAAAAUUAAAUACAUUUCUUUCUAGUUUUGUGUUCCCUUCCCCACCUGCAACUUUCUCAUUUUGACAAAUUGGUUUUUUCUACUUUGUUUGGUGAGUUGUAUCUCUGUUUGAAGUGAGGGGCUACUUUUUUUGGUGAGUUGUAUCUCUGUUUGAAGUUCUAUAAUCAACCCUAAUUUGCUUCCUCUAUGUUUAAUGUACAGAUUUUGAAGCAUGAUUGGCCAGCAAGAUGGCAAAGCUUUAUUCCUGAUCUUGUUUCAGCUGCUAAAACUAGUGAAACAAUUUGUGAGAAUUGCAUGGCUAUAUUGAAGCUUCUAAGUGAAGAGGUGUUUGAUUUCUCAAGAGGAGAGAUGACUCAAAGUAAGAUAAAGGAGCUUAAACAAUCAUUGAACAGUGAAUUUCAACUCAUUCAUGAGCUAUGCUUAUAUGUACUAUCGGCCUCUCAAAGAACUGAGCUUAUACGUGCAACACUCUCCACAUUGCACGCAUUUCUCUCAUGGAUUCCCCUGGGAUAUAUAUUUGAGUCUCCAUUGCUUGAAACGCUGCUGAAUUUUUUCCCCAUGCCAUCGUAUCGGAAUCUCACUCUUCAGUGUUUGACAGAGGUGUGUUUGUAUGCUGAUUUAGUUAAGAGUUGCUUCAAAACUGUGCCUGGUUCUCAUAGUUCACCGCACUGGUGUUUAGGUUGCAACACUUAAUUUUGGAGAUUUCUACAAUGCCCAGUACGUUAAGAUGUACACCAUAUUCAUGAAACUGUUACAGGUAGGUCCGAAAUGAAAUGCUUAUUGUAGUACUAUCUUUGGUUGGCUUACUCAUCACAUCAUUGUCCAGUUUUUUCUUUAAUUUAAUUGUAUGUCUUGUUCCUGUGUUGCUAUUAAUAUUUUUUUUUCUUCCUUUUGGUCAAACCAUGAUUCCUCUAAAUAAAAACAUUCCUGAGGCUUAUGCAAUUGGUUCCAGCGAAGAGCAGGAAAAGUUGUUUUUGGCGCUUCAAAAUUUAAUGAAGACCAUUUUUUAUGUGUUCGCUCAAUAAUUGUUUAUUUCUGGCAAUGUCUUUUUUUUUUUAACUUACCUAUUCUGCAGGCUUUUAUUCAGAAUUUGGCUUUGUUUUCACUUCAUUUUAUAAGGAAAGUUUUUUUUCUUUUUUCCCUUUAUACUUUCCUGAUCUUAGUAUUUACCACGUUUUGUUAUAUUUAUAUCUCAAUGGCCAUCCUCUUAUGGCUGUAAGUUAUGGUUCAUUUAGUUGUAGAACAGGCUUAGUGUGUCAAUAAGGCACUGCUUAAGGGAUUUAAUAAGAUAAUAUGGAAUCACAUUGUUUUCUUGUCAAAUAUCAAAGAUUUGAA